AUGUCAGAUAAUAGUAACAGUUCUGGUGGCUCUACCAUCCCAUCAUUGUGUUAUGUGAUUCCACCAUAUUUGUUGAAUUCGAAUUAUGGAUCAAACUUACAAAAACAAUUAUUUGCCAAAAACCAACAAAUGGGAUUACUUAAUGUUAUUCUGACUGAUUCCAAAAAUUACUACAAUCAUUUCAAAGAACAACAACAAGAUCAAGGAGAAGGUAAUAAUAAACGCAAACGGAAAUUCACCAAAGAUCCUUAUUUGAAUGAAAUUAUAAAAAUGAAAUUAAUUUAUAAAUUGAGUAUCCUUGGAGUUCUUGGUGACAACCCAAUGGAAUUUCUUAAUGGUAAUGAUAAUGAUGACUACAUUUAUGAUAUGUUUGAUACUUUUAAACGUCGAUUAAUUAGUAGCGAUGACAAUGACGAUGAUAAUGGUGAUAGUAAUUCUAGAGAUGAAUCUAAAAUUGGUGAUGGAAGUGAUAGUGGUGAUGUGCAGUUGAUGCUAGUUGAUGCUCUUCGAAGAAACAACAAGGAUGACAGCAAUAAUUAUAAAUUACCGAAAUCGGUAUUUAGUAAUGGGAAUAACAAAAUUGGAGAAGUUGAAUUUAAUCAAUUGAGUGGUAUACCAUCGCAAUAUAAAAAGUAUCUUAGUAUGUCCUUAAAAGAUUUGAUUUUACUGACCAAUUGUCACAUCAAUGAUAGAUACAACUACCCACCAAGUUUUAUUGAUUUUGGUAAUGAUGAGUUUUUCAAUUAUACCUUGCCAAUUACUUGGAUUCCAUUAAUACCCAAUCGUUAUUUGAGUCAUUUAGAAAAACAUUAUAAUUUAGUAAUCCAAGAUGAUCAAGGGUUUUCUAAUAUCAAAAUGUCAAUAGAUACUUCUCCCAAUUCUGCAUCAUCAUCUGGUGCUAAAAAUGGUGAUGGUUCCAAUUUGUAUCAACAUGAUGAAAGCCAUGACGACAUUGCUAUUGAUAUUGAUGAUGAAAUUUCGCGGAAACAACGACAAUCUAGAUAUUAUAAUUUAAUUACUGACAAGGCAAUUAUUUCGUCUGUUGGAAUAUUUUAUUAUGAGGUUGAAAUUGAACAAGUAGUUACUGAGCUGACAAAUUUCAAUUCAAUUAUACAAAUGAAUGAUUCCUCAAUAAAUUCAAACAACAGUAUGAUGUUGUCUUUAGGGUUUAUCAAGAGAUUAAUCAAUUUUGAACCGUCACCAACAACUUCACCAAAUUCAUUACAUAAUCAUUAUCAUCAUGACAAUAAUAGUGGCAGCAACAACAACGGCAAUGGCAACAAUAAUACUGGCUCAAUAUUAUCAGGACGAGUAGAUUUAGAAAAUAUCAAAUCAGAUUUAUUUGCUAAUGACUCAUUAGAGGAGGAAGAAUCUAUUGGUGAUAUUGAAACUAAGAAAUAUUUAACUGCCAGACCAGGUGAAUUACGUGGUAGUGUUGCAAUAAAUUUAGAAGAUUCAAUAUUGUAUAAUUCAAUAAACUCAAUUAGUGGUGAGUUUGGAGCAAGUUCAGCGUCAGCUUCAUCCUCGAUGCAUAGAGCACAGAUAUUAAACAUGAAUCGACGAUUGAGUAAUCGAUCAGAAUAUGAUUCUACUGCAACAACAACGGCAGGUGGUGGAGGAGUAGCAGGUAAAAUCAACAUUGAUAUUCCUUUGAAAACCAAAUUAGUCAAAGAUUGUCGGGAUGAGAGAGUUUACAAAACUGAUAUCAUUGGGAUGGGGGUCAAUUUUAUUGAUAAAUCGAUAUUUAUUACAUUGAAUGGUGUUUUAGCUCGAGUGAUUACGGAUACUGAAUUAAAUGGUAAUUCUGAUGGAGAUAAGACUUCCAACAAUAAUAACAAUAAUAGUAACAAUAGCAAUGAUAAUAAUAACAACAAGACUAGUACUACUGACAAUGGAAAAAUUGAUGAGGAGGCAAUGUAUCCUAUGAUUGGAUUUAGAAUAAAUGAAAUUAACCGUAGUUUGAAUAAUGUUAGUGAUCAAAAGACAAAUGAUAAAGCCAAGACAACCAAAGUGAAUAUCAAAACCAAUUUUGGUAGUAAAUCCUUUUUUUAUGACAUUGAUUCGUAUGUUGCUCAUUAUAAAAAUUUAACAAGACAAUUAUUAAAUAUGAAAAUAUUAGAAAUGAUAAAUUUGGAUGUGAAAGAAUAUAAUGCAGCACAACAAGAAAUUGACAAAUCAAAUGUGUUUGAAAUAAUUAAAAAUUAUAUGAUGAGUAAUGGUGGUGUUAACAAUCAUAAUAAUAACAAUAUAUUUGCAAAUUUGCAAAGAAAUUUAUUGGAAUUGAAUGAAAAGGAUAAUAAAGAUCAUUUGUUCACUUUAAUUAAUCUUGAAAACGAUUUUAUGUGA